UUUAUCGUCAACUAGCCUUCUUUCAUAUCAUAAAUUUCCGGAUCAUUACAUCAGUCAAAGGAAAAACAAACCGACACCAACUAAAUUCCAAAAACUACGACUGUAAAUUCAAUGAUCAGACUUAGAGACGGUCACCCCUGAAAGAGCAACGCGAAUCGCUAACCAUGUAGCGGGCUUGACACAGCCAUCGAAAGCCGCACAAUUCUCCUCGUCCCGCUCUCUUAGCAAAUCCACCGCCAACGGUCAUCUUCAUCGUUGCGAUGCCCUUGCCACCCAAACUCAUUCCCCCCCCCCCCAAAAAAAAAAAGAGAACCAAUCGGAUAUGCCCACUGCACACCAACAAUCCUGUCCGGAAUCCGAACGUUUGGAAGACAAAAUCCGGCUAAAUUGCAAAGCAACGCAAAACUGUUCGAAAAUGCAGCCCCGCGCCGGCCAAAACUUCCAAGACUUGGGAAGGUUUUUGAAGAGAUUGUAUGCCAACCGAAGAAAAGCAGCCGGCCGAAGCCGCUGGAACCCACGACCUGAGGAGGUCGCCGUUGGAGAAAGAGCUAGGCGUUGCGUGAGGCAACCCUAGAGAGAGACGAGAGCUGCAAAGGGGCCUUGUUUAUACUCUAUAUGAUUUAUUGCAAUAUUUUAGUGCGGUGACUAUAACGUCAGUCAAAACUAACCCACUUUAUACCAGAUUAGUCCCCUAAUAAAUAGCUCUAUGAACUCUAUCUUAAUCAUCGUGUUAUGUUAUCUUUAAAAUAAUUCAAUAAUCACAAGCAUCAACCCAUGUAAAACUUCUAAAUUGGCCUCCUAAAUUCAUUUUUGGUUUCAAUUGCAUGAAAAGUUUCAAUUGCCUUUGAUUUACUCACGACAAGUUCGCCUUUUAUUGCAAUAGUUUAGUGCGGUGACUAUAACGUCGGCCAAAACAAACCCACUCUAUACCAGAUCAGUCCACUAAUAAAUAACUCUAUGAAGUACUCUAUCUUAAUCAUCGUGUUAUGUUAUCUUUAAAAUAAUUCAAUAAUAUAAUCUCAAACAUCAACCCAUGUAAAACUUCUAAAUUAGCCUCCUAAAUUCAUUUUUGGUUUCAAUUGCAUAAAACUUUUUCUUUCCUGAACAGAAGAAUCUCUACGACUCAGUGAUAAUUUUCGGAAAGAGUUAGUAUUUCUUGUAACAUCCAAAUUUUUUGCAUGUUGCCACCUCAUGAAAGAAGUGAUUCUAUUUGGAUUGAGCUUUUAAUUUGUGGUGAUAAAGUGCAAACAACACUUUAUAUUUUUAUGACUUCACAUUUUUUCUAAGUGGGUUAUGUUAUAUCCCACAUACUUGGAUAUUUCAGAUUAAAAUCACAUAAAAUAUGAGUAGACUUAACUUAAAUUGAUUGGACAUGACUAGACUUAAAACAAAUCAAAUCAUACCAGCUUCGCUCUAAAUAAUAGAGGAUAAUGAUAUGCAUAAGAAAAUAAAAUAAUAAUGAUGUACUCAAAAUGUCAAGAAAAUUACUUUUUGUACACAUAAUUUAAGCACACUUUUCUGUAUAUACAGACAUCUCGUUAAUUAGAAACAAACAACAAUUCUCUGUAUACGCGGACGAGUGUAAAAUAUACACAAAAUGUGUACAUCCACUAAUUACCUGUGGGCAGGCAACUCGUUUAUAAAAAUGCAACAAUUAUCCGUGUAGAUAGAAGAGUUUGUCAAAUGUGUGCAAAUUAUGUGUACCACAAGAAUGGUUGAAAUCUAAAACAUGAAUAUGUCAUGAAACCAGAGGUUCUAAACUCAAACAAGUCAUACUAUACAAAAAUAACAAACUCUAUGAGUUUCAUGGCCAGUUCGAUAACACUGAAAUUGGCUCAAUUAGUUAAAGUUUAUGAAAUUCUAAAUGGAAGUAUGGAAGUAUGGAAUUAUCAAUUAGUUGAAGUAUGGAAGUAUUAUAUUCUAACUAUAUUUUAUUAAUAGAGCGAGAAAAAUUAUUACUCAUUCCAACGUCUGAAAUGAAAUUAUGUGUUUGAUUAAAAAAAUAUCCGAUAAAACCAAAAACUCGGAUACUAAACGAAAUUUAAAUAUUCCCCAUCACAUUUCUAAAAUAUUUCAAAAGAAAUGGAUAUAUUUAAACUUCAUCUCAUCUCAUGCUAGACACAAGUGAAAAUUUAUAAAAAUGAAGGAAUUAUAUGAUAGGUAGUAUUUAUUAGAGUUUUAAUAGACAAAAAUUAAAAAUGUGAACAUCUCCUCAGUUCAGUAUGAACAGCCCUCCCUCCGAUCGACAGAUACGAGUUCAUGAAAGAGGAGCUGAACGUCCCUCCCUCCGAUCGACAAACGCAAUAGGAAAUCCGGCGGAUUUUGUUAGCGGCGUCGGGCUUGGUGAAAGAGCUGAGCUGAGCUGUUGGUGAAGGAAGCCAGGCCAGAGAAAUGGAGAAAGUAAGCAUUCACUAAUUAGAAUCAGUUCCCACACCGACGACGGAAGGCUGGGCGACUCCUGACUGGGUCUAUAAAUAAUAAGGUAUGUUUUAGGGCACAUGCUCUUUUGGAUCAGCACCUAGAAGGGUGGAAUGAAAGCUUAAAGGAGCUUGCAUUCAAGAGCCGCAAGUUUAUAUGGGAGGAAAUGUCUUAUUUGGAGAGAUGGUGGAGGGAUGCAUCAGCUGCAAAGAAAGAAUCCUUCAUCAAUUUAGUACAGAAUGGAGAACUAGAAAUCGUAGGACGUGGUUGGGUGAUGAAUGAUGAGGUAAGCCUGUGCUGUUAACGUAAUGACACUUUUGCAAUGGUAUGCAAGUAAUAAUUUUUUCUCUUCAAGUGUUUCAUAUUUUUUCCCAUUGGGAUCUGGGAAUGGUGAACAGAAAGCCAUGUUUUUAACGGAUCACAGUGGCGAUUUGACAUUUUUCUUAGUAAAAUUUACCAUAAUGAAUGAGUUCUAGGCUUCCAGCUUCUUGAAAAAAUGGGUUUAUUUGUCUGGUAACAGUUGAUUAGCUGGUUUUACAUGUAAAACUGUAAUCAUAUUUGGUUCUUGUGCUGGCGCGCGUUCGGAAAGCUAGACUAAAAUAAUAAUCUUUUGGACACGUUAUGUCAAUUUUACUGGGACCCUUGGAUCUUUAGAACUUUAUUUGCAUUUUGCUCUUCAUAUUUGGUUUUCUCGUCAAGGAAUCAUUUUCCUUGCAAUUGUCUUUCAUUCAUCUGUGAAUUUCUCUUGCUUGUGCACCUGCAGCUUAUUUUAUUCUCUUUUUUUUAACAGGCUAAUUCACACUACUUUGCAAUCAUAGAACAGAUAACAGAGGGUAAUUUAUGGCUUAAUGAAACUUGCGGUGUUGUUCCAAAAAAUUCGUGGGUGAUUGAUCUUUUCGGAUACUCUCCAACAAUGGCAUACCUUUUUCGUCGUAUGGGUUUCGAGAAUAUGCUCAUACAGAGGACACAUUAUGAAUUGAAGAAGGAACUGGCUUUGUAUAGAAAUUUAGAAUUCGUAUGGCGGCAGAGCUGGGAUGCUGAAGAAACAACUGACAUGUUUGCUCAUAUGAUGCCCUUUUAUUCAUAUGAUAUUCCACAUACUUGUGGGCCUGAGCCUGCAAUAUGCUUUCAAUUUGACUUUGCUAGAACCUAUGGCUUUACGUAUGAGCGCUGCCCUUGGGGAGAAUAUCCACAGGAGACCACACCAGAAAAUGUUAAAGAAAGAGCACUAAAGCUGCUGGAUCAAUACAGAAAGAAAUCAACACUAUAUCGCACAAAUACUCUUCUUAUUCCCCUCGGAGAUGAUUUCUGCUAUGUCACUGUUGAUGAGGCUGAAGCUCAGUUCAGGAAUUAUCAGCUUCUGCUUGAUUAUAUCAAUUCUGAUCCGGACUUGAUUGCAGAAGCAAAAUUUGGUACCUUGGAAGAUUAUUUCCGGACUCUUCGUGAAGAGGCUGAUAGAAUAAAUUACUCCCGUCCAAAUGAGAUUGGUUCUAUUGAGAUUGGUGGGUUUCCUUCUCUUUCAGGCGAUUUCUUCACAUAUGCUGACAGACAGCAAGAUUACUGGAGUGGUUAUUAUGUUUCUCGGCCUUUCUUCAAGGCUGUUGAUCGUGUGUUGGAGCAAACCCUCCGCGGUGCUGAUAUGAUGAUGGCUUUCCUAUUAGGUCAUUGUCAGAAACCACAAUGUGAGCGGUUACUUACCGGAUUUUCCUAUAAGUUAGCAGCGGCUAGGAGGAACCUAGCGCUGUUCCAACGUCAUGAUGGGGUUACUGGUACAGCUAAGGACCACAUAGUUAAUGAUUAUGGGGUGAGAAUGCACAUAGCUUUGCAAGAUCUUCAAAUUUUCAUGUCAAAGGCCGUAGAGGUGUUGCUUGGGAUUCGCCAUGAAAAGAAUGAACAGAACCCAUCUCAGUUUGAGGCUGCACAAGUGAGAUCUAAAUACGAUGCUCAGCCAGUGCACAAAGCCAUGUCUGCUCAUGAAGGGACAGUCCAGACUGUGGUGAUAUUUAAUCCACUAGAGCAGACAAGACAUGAAGUUGUGAUGGUAAUUGUUGACAGACCUGAGGUGACAAUCUUGGACUCAAAUUGGACAUGUGUGAGAAGCCAGAUAUCUCCAGAGAUGCAACAACACUACAGCAGCAAGGAGGAUGAAACAUUAUUCUCUGUAGACAUCGUGUAUACUGGAAAGCUUCGGUCCCCCCAUUAGGGUUGCAAACUUAUUAUGUCGCUAAUGGGUUUGCCGGUUGUGAAAAGGCCACACCAGCAGAGGUCAAAUGGUUCGUGCCUUCUUCCAAUAUUUCUUGUCCCAAACCAUAUACUUGCUCAAGAAUGGAGGGUGAAGAAGCAAUAAUCAGUACUCGGCAUCAGACGUUGACAUUUAGCAUGAAGGAUUGUUACAGAGAAUUAGUCAUACCAAUGGCCGCCAUAAUGGCAUUGCUUUGUUUGUAACUAGUAAAAGAAGUUGCUCUCUGGUUCAUGAAUCAUGACUCUUCGAUGACCACACAUUCAUUUAUUUUUUAAUAGACUGAGAUCGUUCAUGACAAUAUGUAUUCUGAUCCCUGGGAGCUCUGCCAAGCCUCACCACUUUAGGGCUACAAAUAACCCAGGUUCUGUUUCACCGGCUCCAUGGAGAUGCUCCGAAGAGUUCUUUUUGCAUCUAAUUAGAAACAGAGAUCCUCUGAAAAUAGAGUGAGUAGAGGGUAAUUUCCUCUUCUGCCCAAAAUACAAUUAGCUGCUACUAGUGGAUGUCACAAGGUUCUGGUCAACUUCUCUAUUCCCUUUUUAAAAGGAAGACCCAGUGUGCAUGUUGUAGAGGUUUCCAAAUAUAUGGUCUUCGCGAUUAGUACGCCAAUUGCUACGUUGGAAUCCUGAGGAUCGACCGAGUGUACAUGAAAGGUUUGAGUUAAUUUGCAUCCUUUGUGUAUACGGCGGCCUAUUUGCUAUGGUUCAACAAAUAAAUGUCGACUGUUCGAUGAUUGUAAUAAAGAGAUGAGGAACUGUUGACUUGCUCAAAGAAGUGAAUACCUGAAAUGAUUGAACACAAUGCAACUGAGAAUCUUUGUAUGGCAAUGAUCUUUACAUUGGUCACAUCAGCAAAAGAGUGGUUAUCUGAACUAUUUUCCAAGGAUGCCAAUGAUGAAAAUGCUGGAGAAGCUGAAGUUGCGAAAGAUGAGAUGAUUGUGCCUCAUGGAGAACCAAUGACCAUUGAAAUAUUCUUGGCAUGGAGGGAAAGAUUUGAGGCAGAACAGGCCCUCGAAAGAGCCAAGUAAAUAGAAAAUGCUUGUGUGGCUCACUCAUAAGCCUUGCAACCAAAUCAAGAAAAUUCAUAUGUAUGUUAUGGACCCCUAUGAGUCAUCACUGGUCCUUAUCAUACAGUUUUAAAAACUCGCUUCAAAUGCAGUUAGCAAUUACUCCUAGUACAUUAUGAUGAUGGUACACAAAUAUUUGUCAGAGGAUGAAGUUUCCAUUAAAGUUGUAAAGAACAAGGUGAAUAGGAGGGCAAUAAAUAUUUUGCCAUAGAGUACACUAAUCGUUUAUUAUUUCGUAGUUUAUUGGAUUUCAAUCUUAAGCUUCUAAUUUGUUCCUAUCAAGAUGGCCAUCAUGAAAGUAGCAUGCAUUAUAUUGUAAUUUGUAACAAGACUAUAAUACUGAAGCGAAGAACAUAUAAAGCUAACCCUUUUGUUCAUAUGCAUGGAUGUAAAAGUUGCUUGCAUUCACGUUUGCUUGUGUGUGUGAGUGACGAUUGUGGAAGUCAUGAUAAAUAAAAAAAAUAUACAGCUUAAUGCCAGAUUCAGCACUUUCAGCACCCAAAGAGCAUCUGCGAAGGGCGCAACGGCUGUCACUGCUGAAGAGUCUGAUGAAGGCGAAGAGGAUAUUGAUUUUGAUGAUGAAGACUUUGAAGUGGAUGAGGAUGACAUGCUCGAGCAUUAUCUUGCUGAGAAAACAAUAUCACCCUCCAAUUCGUAAUUUGUAAUUGUUGACCAGUUAUCAUGUAUUGCUCGAAAAAACUAUCCAAUUCUUUUGAGGCUAAUUCACACUACUUUGCAAUCAUAGAACAGAUAACAGAGGGUAAUUUAUGGCUUAAUGAAACUUGCGGUGUUGUUCCAAAAAAUUCGUGGGUGAUUGAUCUUUUCGGAUACUCUCCAACAAUGGCAUACCUUUUUCGUCGUAUGGGUUUCGAGAAUAUGCUCAUACAGAGGACACAUUAUGAAUUGAAGAAGGAACUGGCUUUGUAUAGAAAUUUAGAAUUCGUAUGGCGGCAGAGCUGGGAUGCUGAAGAAACAACUGACAUGUUUGCUCAUAUGAUGCCCUUUUAUUCAUAUGAUAUUCCACAUACUUGUGGGCCUGAGCCUGCAAUAUGCUUUCAAUUUGACUUUGCUAGAACCUAUGGCUUUACGUAUGAGCGCUGCCCUUGGGGAGAAUAUCCACAGGAGACCACACCAGAAAAUGUUAAAGAAAGAGCACUAAAGCUGCUGGAUCAAUACAGAAAGAAAUCAACACUAUAUCGCACAAAUACUCUUCUUAUUCCCCUCGGAGAUGAUUUCUGCUAUGUCACUGUUGAUGAGGCUGAAGCUCAGUUCAGGAAUUAUCAGCUUCUGCUUGAUUAUAUCAAUUCUGAUCCGGACUUGAUUGCAGAAGCAAAAUUUGGUACCUUGGAAGAUUAUUUCCGGACUCUUCGUGAAGAGGCUGAUAGGGUAAAUUACUCCCGUCCAAAUGAGAUUGGUUCUAUUGAGAUUGGUGGGUUUCCUUCUCUUUCAGGCGAUUUCUUCACAUAUGCUGACAGACAGCAAGAUUACUGGAGUGGUUAUUAUGUUUCUCGGCCUUUCUUCAAGGCUGUUGAUCGUGUGUUGGAGCAAACCCUCCGCGGUGCUGAUAUGAUGAUGGCUUUCCUAUUAGGUCAUUGUCAGAAACCACAAUGUGAGCGGUUACUUACCGGAUUUUCCUAUAAGUUAGCAGCGGCUAGGAGGAACCUAGCGCUGUUCCAACGUCAUGAUGGGGUUACUGGUACAGCUAAGGACCACGUAGUUAAUGAUUAUGGGGUGAGAAUGCACAUAGCUUUGCAAGAUCUUCAAAUUUUCAUGUCAAAGGCCGUAGAGGUGUUGCUUGGGAUUCGCCAUGAAAAGAAUGAACAGAACCCAUCUCAGUUUGAGGCUGCACAAGUGAGAUCUAAAUACGAUGCUCAGCCAGUGCACAAAGCCAUGUCUGCUCAUGAAGGGACAGUCCAGACUGUGGUGAUAUUUAAUCCACUAGAGCAGACAAGACAUGAAGUUGUGAUGGUAAUUGUUGACAGACCUGAGGUGACAAUCUUGGACUCAAAUUGGACAUGUGUGAGAAGCCAGAUAUCUCCAGAGAUGCAACAACACUACAGCAGCAAGGAGGAUGAAACAUUAUUCUCUGUAGACAUCGUGUAUACUGGAAAGCUUCGGUCCCCCCCAUUAGGGUUGCAAACUUAUUAUGUCGCUAAUGGGUUUGCCGGUUGUGAAAAGGCCACACCAGCAGAGGUCAAAUGGUUCGUGCCUUCUUCCAAUAUUUCUUGUCCCAAACCAUAUACUUGCUCAAGAAUGGAGGGUGAAGAAGCAAUAAUCAGUACUCGGCAUCAGACGUUGACAUUUAGCAUGAAGGAUUGUUACAGAGAAUUAGUCAUACCAAUGGCCGCCAUAAUGGCAUUGCUUUGUUUGUAACUAGUAAAAGAAGUUGCUCUCUGGUUCAUGAAUCAUGACUCUUCGAUGACCACACAUUCAUUUAUUUUUUAAUAGACUGAGAUCGUUCAUGACAAUAUGUAUUCUGAUCCCUGGGAGCUCUGCCAAGCCUCACCACUUUAGGGCUACAAAUAACCCAGGUUCUGUUUCACCGGCUCCAUGGAGAUGCUCCGAAGAGUUCUUUUUGCAUCUAAUUAGAAACAGAGAUCCUCUGAAAAUAGAGUGAGUAGAGGGUAAUUUCCUCUUCUGCCCAAAAUACAAUUAGCUGCUACUAGUGGAUGUCACAAGGUUCUGGUCAACUUCUCUAUUCCCUUUUUAAAAGGAAGACCCAGUGUGCAUGUUGUAGAGGUUUCCAAAUAUAUGGUCUUCGCGAUUAGUACGCCAAUUGCUACGUUGGAAUCCUGAGGAUUGACCGAGUGUACAUGAAAGGUUUGAGUUAAUUUGCAUCCUUUGUGUAUACGGCGGCCUAUUUGCUAUGGUUCAACAAAUAAAUGUCGACUGUUCGAUGAUUGUAAUAAAGAGAUGAGGAACUGUUGACUUGCUCAAAGAAGUGAAUACCUGAAAUGAUUGAACACAAUGUAAGUAGCAGAAAAACUGCAUCCUACAAAUGUGAUUUGACUGUAUCUUGCUUUGACAAUGUACCCCACCCCUUGUGAAACAUGUUAACUCUUGAAGUUUACUAAACUAAACUUCAGAAUAAUAAUGAUCAAACUUCACUUACUAAUCAAAACUUUGAAAUAUUAAUAUUAUCAUAGUCAUUAUAACUACUUAAUUAUUCCUACUACUGCUGUCGGUAGACUCGGUACUAUCCAGAAUUGUUGAUGCUAAUCCGUGUCAUUACUCUUGACGAUGCUAAUCAAGUAUUACUCCUGUUCGCUGUUUAUCUCCACAUAUGACUUUUCAUAGUAAUCUUGAAAACGAAAAUGUGUCGAGAUUUUUCAUUGAAAUGAAACAAAAAUGUGAGCCUCACAGUUCUUUCAGUAUAAAAAGAUAAUUUAGGGACCAAAAGGAAGUCUGAAAUCGGCAACUUGGCAAAUAAGCAUUAUAUUUUUUUAUGAACAUAAGAGUUUGCAAGUUAUUACGUAUUCUGAAUUCACUCAGGGAAAAAUUGUUUUCCUGGGGGGGGGGAGAUUAAAAGGGAAACCGGGAAGAAGAAGAAGAAGAAAGGGGAAACGGGUAAAGGGAGAGAGUAGAAGGAAGGAACGGGAAAGAAUAGAAACUUAAGAAAAUAGAAAAAUAAGUUGUAUAUCCAGUUAUAUAAUUAAAGCACCAGUUAUUUUAAUUCUUCUGCCUCCAGAUAUAUUUGAAACUUGAAAUCUAGUCUUGCCACAAGGGUUUUAUUAUUCUCCAACUUCGUUUCCUGAACUUCUUCUUUUAUGGUCAUUUGCUUUGAAGACAAGGAUCGUGGGAGAUGCUUGGAAGAAUAUCCAAGUUCUUUUUUGCUCAGGUUUGAAUUAGAUUAUAAGAUGCCCUUCUGUCAUCUGUCAGGCACCCUUUUUAAAUUAGAAAUUACUCUGUCAGUCAUUUUUACCUUAACCAUCAAUGGAACAAAGCUGAUUACGAGUACAAUUCUGAAGUAUGUUAAUUUCACUUCAUCUACUAUUGAGUUUCUUCUUUCUGACUGUUUAUUGGUCUAUCUUCCCUUUCCCUGUAACAUCCUUCGUGGCUGGUGUGUAUAUUAUGAAGUAUGUUGAGAUAUAUAAUAGCCUCUCAGAGUCACAGGUAUAUGUUACUCCUGUUCGCUAUGUAUCUCCACAUAUGACUUUUCAUAGACAUCUUGAAAACGAAAAUGUGUCGAGAUUUUUCAUAGAAAUUAAACAAAAAUGCAAUUCUUUCAAUGAAAAGAGAUAAUUUAGGGACCACAAGGAAGUGUGAAAUCGGCAACUCGGCAAAUAAGCAUUACUGUAUAUUUUUUUAUGAAUGUAGAAGCUAGCCAGUUAUUUUAUAUUUUGAAUUCAUUCAUAUUACUGGUGAAUGUGGCUUAGUUGUUUUCCAUACACAUUACACAUACUUCUUGGGAAACACAAAGUUAUAAUAUCUUCUCGCUUCCCUUUCCAAACAGAAAAAGGAAAAAAGAGUGAGGUGAACAAGAUAUUUUAUGAACUUCCUCCCACCUCUAAUCUAUGUGGCUGAUCUGUAAGCAUCUACAAUGUUGGAGUGUUGGGCUUGUGAUGCUGGAACUAAUAUUAGGAUCACCAAAUGUGUAGGGACCACAAGGAAUUGUGAAAUCGGCAACUCGGCAAAUAAGCAUUGCUGUAUAUUUUUUUAUGAAUGUAGAAGCUAGCAAGUUAUUUUAUAUUUUGAAUUCAUUCAUAUUACUGGUGAAUGUGGCUUAGUUGUUUUCCAUACACAUUACACAUACUUCUUGGGAAACACAAAGUUAUAAUAUCUUCUCGCUUCCCUUUCCAAACAGAAAAAGGAAAAAAGAGUGAGGUGAACAAGAUAUUUUAUGAACUUCCUCCCACCUCUAAUCUAUGUGGCUGAUCUGUAAGCAUCUACAAUGUUGGAGUGUUGGGCUUGUGAUGCUGGAACUAAUAUUAGGAUCACCAAAUGUGUUCCGGAUAAGUUUUAGGACACAUGCUCAUUUGGAUCAGCACCUAGAAGGGUGGAAUGAAAGCUUAAAGGAGCUUGCAUUCAAGCAAGUUCUGAAUACAAGCACCAACAACAAAGGAUUUGGUACAUAAACCCUUGAGAUGAUCUUUCAACGUUAUGAUGUCCUCUAUUAAUAUCUUCAGUUCCUACUCUAUGAAAUGUACCAAGUGUGCUCUUGGAACCAUAAUGUCUUUUUACACCCUUCUAUUCAUGUCAUUUUUAGUCUACCGUGGGGCCUUUUAAAUCGCUGGCAAUCCAGGACUCCACUCUGCGUAAUAGGGAUUUAGGGCACUACCUACUCGUUGACAAUCACACCCUCCUUCUCACCGAUCUCCUUCCUCCUUGUCGAUCAACGAAGCCCCGCAACCCUUGACGAAAACAAACAAACAAACACUGCCAUUCUUCGUCCUCGACGAAAACGGGAAAAAAGCUCCAGCGGCGUGAUGCCCUAGAGAGAAAACUCGCAGACCGCUAUUCAUUUAAUUUGUUGAAUAACGGGCUCAACACAUUGUGUUACACAAUAUACCUGUUUUUGACAAGUGGAGGAUGAAAGCUGAUCCCAAUACCCAUAGUCGUUAAAGCCGGGGUGCAUAUUUGAGUUCCACUUCUACACGUUGAUUAACAUCUCUUGAUGUAUUUACUAAUAAACAAGUGAAAUUCUGCUUUUAUUUUUAUUUGAAAUAAUUACAU